GUAGCCACUGUAGCUAUUGUAGCUACUAGUAAUUGCAACUGAUGGAAGAGUAAGAGUGUACCCAUACAAUUUUUGUACCCUAGAGCUAGAAUCUACAAGAAUACGUUCCAAUAUAAUUUGAAGAGUUAUCAACAGGUUUUAGAGGCUACCUACCGUGUAUUUAUCUUUUCUUUACCUUAUGUGUGACACGAGACAUUCUUGCAAACACGAUGGCCGUCUUACGUACUAGGACUAUUGCGCUCAACGACUGUUUGCUGUUCUGGCAUGGCGAGGCAGCUGCGCAUGCGCACCUAUUCUCUUGCGAAUUCAUGUAGCAACAUUGUAGUUGUAAACCGCUCUAUAUAGCAUUACAGCAACAGAAGAAGUACGAAUGGGGGAAAAGCCGGUCUUCUCGACUCGAGCGCACGUCUUCCAACUUGACCCUCAAACCAAGAAAAACUGGAAGCCAGCCUCGAAGACGGCGAUUCCCGUGGCGUUCUAUCAUGACUCUACCCGUAAAACGUACAGAAUCAUAUCCGUCGACAGUGGGAAGCCUCUUGUCAACAGCACGAUAACGCCAAACAUGAACUUCACGAAGACGUCGCCGAAAUUCGGACAGUGGACGGACGUGCGCGUCGCGACGAUCUACGGUCUCGGAUUCUCGACUGAAACAGAACUCAAUAAGUUUGUUGCACAGUUUGAUGAUGCGAAGGCUGCGACGAAGGCGGCGGUGAGCGAGUCUGGAGCGUCUUCUAUGGCUCGGCAGCGUGUGACUGCGAGUCCGACUGGUAGUUCGUCGUCUUCGCAUUCUGAGCAGUCCGAGAGCAACUCCGGGAUGUCAAACGGAACGUCGUCGAACGAUGUCGGGAAAUCGACUUCUCUGGAGGAAAGGCCAACAGCCAAUGGUCCUGGUAUUGGUCCUAGAAAGGCUUCGAUUUCUGGACCUUCUGGAUCUUUGGAGGGACAACUUCAGGCUUUGAAGUAUGAGAAUGAUCGACUGAAGAUUGCCUUGGCAACAAGUUCAAGUCAUGGGAAGAAGUGGGAAUCCGAGAUGCAGACACUAAAAAAUAACAAUGCCAAAUUGACGACGGCAUUGCAGGAGAGUUUGUCUCACGUGGAAGAGUGGAAGAAGCAGCUGAGACACUAUGAAGAGGAAAGUGGAAAGCUAAAGCAGAGGGUUCAAGAACUAGAAGCGGCACAAGCUGACGCGGGUAGCCGUACUAACGAUACGACUGCAGCAUUGACGGAGCAAAUUCGUGGACUAGAACAGAAAGUCGAAGAGUUACAGAUCGAUAUCACCAACAAAGAUCAGGAAAUCUCGAGAGUAUCUGAGCAGCUAGAUGAAAUGUCAGUCAUCAAGUCAGAAAACCAGACUCUCAGUGAGCAACUAAAUUUACUCGAGGAAGAGAAGACCCAGUUGGCCGACCAACUGAGUGACACACAAGACAGAUUACAAGUUGCGAGUAUCGCGUUUGACAUGCGACUACAGCAACUCGCUGAGAAACACAAGGAAGUAGGUGACAGACUUCGAGAGGCUUUGAACAUUCAUCAACUGAUGGAAGAAGAUUUAAAAUAGUAGAGUUCUGUUGUAGUGUUAUUUUUCAUUUUUAUGUCACAAGUGUAUGCAUACAUACAUACCCAUGAAAUGAAGUACAGUACUAGUUUUAUAUACAUUUAGUUGUGGUUCACAUCAAGAUGACAAGGUUGACAGUUAAGAGUUUGUCUGCUUUUCUAUUGGAUCAUAUGUAAAGUAUGUUGCAAAUAUGUAAUCUGAUUUCUUAGUGGAAGGAGAUGCCUUCCAUGCACUGA